AAUCAGCUGUUCAGGACAUCUGUGUGUUGUUCUUUAUGACAGAAGUAUUUUUAUUGUUUAAUUAGUAUCCAAAAUAUUGAAAAUAUCAACAAUUAUGGCUACUAGAAAUUUAACAGAGCCAUUUGUGCUCAUGAGAAAUAAUGCUCUUCAAAGCAAACAUAUUUAUGCCGAACAGAACAUGACUGAUCGAAUGGCAUUGGUAAAUUCAGAAAAUAGAUCAUCUGACAUUGUCGAACUUAAUGGAAUAAGCAGCAAUGAUGCAUUACCUCCAGCUUGGGCUGAUGCUUUAGAGGAAACUCAAUAUAUUUUAAGUCGAUUAAGAAUUAUAAUAGAAAAUUUAACAGAGUUACAUGCUAAACAUAUAGCUCGGCCUACACUCGAUGAUACCUCACAAGAAGAAAGACAAAUGGAGAAACUUACUCGAGAGAUUGGAAGAGCAUUUUCUUACGCCCAUCGGCAAGUUCAAAUUGUCAAAUCAGCAGCUAAGCAUGAAACACGCCGUGCAGAAAGGCAAUUAGCUAUGAGUGCUGUCCUUGCACUGUCUUCUGCCUUACAGGAAUUAGGAAUAAGAUAUAGGACUGCACAAAAUAAUUAUUUACAACAAAUAAAUUCAAGAGAGGAAAGAAAUAGACCAUUUUUUGAAGAGGACCAAAUGUUAAUACCUGAUGUCUCCAUGGAUUCUUGGCCAGCAGAAUCUUCAUUAACUGAAAAUGAUCAGUUUUGGCAGCUACAACAACAAAGACAAGAGACUGUUUUAGUACAAUUAGAAGAUAUGGAACAGUCGAUAAAAAACGCAGAAGAAAGAGAGCAAGAAGUUAGUCAUAUAGUUCAAAGUAUCGCCGAUCUCAAUCAUAUCUUUAAGGACCUUGCUACAAUGGUUCACGACCAAGGGAGUAUUCUCGAUCGUAUUGAUUACAAUAUUGAACAAACUCAGGGUCAAGUUCAUGAAGGUUAUCAACAACUGAAGAAAGCUGAUUCUUAUCAGAGAGCUAAUCGAAAGUUGUAUUGUAUAUUUAUUCUUGCUGCAGCUAUCAUACUUCUUAGCUUUCUUUUUAUUUUAUUCAAAACCUGAAUGCAUUUUUUUUUUUUUUGGGUAUUACGUACUAUUCCUACUCAGUAUAUUUCCAUUCGAUUAUCAAUUACGAUAUAACUUAAAAUUUAUAAAUGAUUAUUUAGUAAGUUAUUAUUGAAUAAUUUUACUUAAAUUAGUCAAAUAUUGCGAUUACUAGAAACAUGAUCUCUCAUGAUGAGCAAUUAAAACAACGGGUAUCUAAAUUUAUCUUAUCCCAUCAUUUAUUUUAAUUUAUUUAUAAAAAAGUUGUUUAUUUAUAAAGAAAUAAACUUUCCGGUCAUUAAUUUGUUUAGAAAAAUUUGUUGGGCCAUAAAUUAAUUUUUAUUUUAUUGUGAUGAUCGAAACGGUCUGGACCGUAGCAUAAGACUGAAACUUUUUAUUGUAUUACAUGAAUGUAUCAAUUAAUAUACGUAUAUGUAUAUAUUAAUUGUUCAUAUAUGCUUCAGAGAGUGAAACUAGUGUAUUGUUAUUUAUAUAUUAAAAGUGUUAAAUGUGGAAUAUUGUAAA